AUGGCAGCUAUUUCCAAAGACUAUGUUCUGUCGCCCUGGGGCAAAGCCGUGGCUGGUGCCGCUGGAGCCGUGCUCGCAAACACACUGGUCUACCCCCUAGACAUUGUGAAAACGCGGCUUCAGGUGCAGGUCAAGCGCAAGGAGGGCGGACCCCUUCCUGCCUUCGAGGAGGGCCAUUUCGAGCACUACGAGGGCACUGUCGACGCUCUGAAAAAGAUCUAUGCCGCCAACGGCCUGGCCGGCCUGUACCAGGGUCUUCCCUCUUGUCUUCUAGGUGUGGCCUCUACCAACUUUGCCUACUUCUACUGGUAUGGCUUCAUCCGAGACUCUUACAUUAAGCGAAACCCCGGUAAAGCUCUCUCGACUCCCAUCGAGCUGCUCCUCGGAGCUGUGGCAGGAGCCCUGGCACAGGUUUUCACCAUCCCCGUGGCCGUGAUCACCACACGACAGCAGACUUCAGACGCCAAGUCGCGGCAGGGAUUCCUGGCUACUGCCAAGAGCGUGGUGGAUGACGACGGAAUCAGUGGUCUCUGGCGAGGUCUCAAGGCCUCUCUGGUGCUGGUGAUCAACCCCUCCAUCACUUACGGCUCGUUUGAGCGUCUCAGAACCAUCCUGUUCAAGGGUAAGCUGCACCUGUCUCCCGGAGAGAACUUCCUGCUGGGAGCCUUGUCCAAGGCUAUGGCCACCAUUGCCACUCAGCCCAUGAUUGUGGCCAAGGUCAUGCAGCAGUCCAAGACCAAGGGUGGCAAGCAGUUCAACAGCUUUGUGCAGGCAUUGGUGUUCCUGUUCAAGGAGGAGGGUAUUUUGGGAAUGUGGAAGGGAGUUGGCCCCCAGAUCUCCAAGGGCAUCAUUGUGCAGGGGCUCCUCUUCAUGAUUAAGGACCAAGUCGAGCUCUUCAUCGUGCUACUUUUUAGACUCAUGAAGGCCCCCACCUUGAUCAAGGGAUAA